AGAAUUUUCUUAUAAGAAAAAACAGGGAAUGAUUUCUUAAAAUCCAUGGAAUUUAAUUUUUUACAAAACCCUAAUGAUAUUCCGACAUGUAUUAAAGACUAUUGCUUGUUACAAAAGCUUGGACGUGGUGCUUUUGGGGAUGUUUUCAAAGCUAUUCCAUUAAAAGGCAAACUAAAAAGCGAGAACAUAGCUCUAAAAAUAAUAAACAAAGCAAAAUUAACUUCACAAACACAUCGUCGUCGAAUUGUAAAUGAAAUUUACAUACAUUCAUCUUUAGAAAGGCAUAAAAAUAUUUUAGAUUUCUAUACUUCUUUUGAGGAUGAUCAAAAUAUAUACAUUGUCACACAACUUUGCUCUCAAGGAUCUCUUUAUUCAUUUAUACAAACUCAAUCAUUUCUGCCACUAAAAGAAAACUUUGUUAAAAAGAUAAUGAAAGAAAUAGUUUCAGGAUUAAUAUUUCUACAUUCCCAUAAAAUUAUUCAUCGUGAUCUAAAAUUAUCAAAUAUUCUUCUAGACGAAAAUAGCAUAGCAAAAAUAGCAGAUUUUGGUCUUUCUACAAUUCUUCAAAAUUUUUCAGACGAAGAACCAAUGACAUUAUGUGGAACACCAAAUUAUAUUUCACCAGAAAUCAUUACGCAUGGACCUUGUGGCCUAGCUUCAGAUAUUUGGUCUCUUGGAUGCAUUUUUUUUUGUCUUCUUGAUAAUUCACCACCAUUUCAGUCUGAAAAUAUCUCAGGAACACUAAUGCAAAUUACAAAUGGAAACUUAAGGCAGCUACCUUCUUAUGUAAGCAAUGAAGCUAAAAAUCUAGUAAAUAAAAUGCUUCAAAAGAACCCCUCAAAUCGUAUCAAAACACAUGAAAUUUUGAAUCAUCCAUUUUUUAAUUCAACUUUAAAUUUAAAAGAGAUCAUCAAACUAAAUCCAGAAUUCAAAUCAGAACAUAAAUCAACAUUUUCAUCAAACUUUGAAAAAUUGGAAGCUAUUACAGAUAUUUCAAAACUUAUUAGACAUGAACCUAAUCUAGCUACACUUAAGAAUAACAAAGAUUUGGAAAAAAGUAAAGAAAAUGAUAAAAAAGAAUUUACGUGCAAAAAGUUCUCAAGUAUUUUAGAUACAUCAAUAAUUGCAAGUCCCGAAAAAAAAGUUCUUCAAAGAAUUGAGAAUAUCUUAAAUGAGAAUAAAAAAAAUAGUAUAUACAAGAAAAUUAAAAAAAAGGAUAUGCAUUUUUCUAUAAAUCCUUUAUUAAAACAUAAUUUAUCUUCAAAUCUCGACGACCUUAAUAAUAAUAUAGGUUAUAUUAGAGGAAAAUCAUUUACGAUUCAUUGUGAUGAAAAUGACAUAAGAACAUGCAGAGAUUAUAAAAAUUCGAACUUAUUAAAUACAAUGAAAAACAACUUAAACAACAUAAUAGAAGACCAGAACAUCGAUAUUUUUAAAAACCAAAGAAAAAAGACUCAUAUUUAUGACAAUUUUUAUAAAAAAUGUUUUGACUCGGAAAGCGAAUACAUUGAAACUCAAACAAUUUCAUAUAUUAUGGACACCCAAAAAUCUACAAAUAAAUUUGAUAAAAUUCAUAAUGAAUCACCGUCAAAAUUAUAUAUUUUUUCAAAUAACUAUGAUAAACAAAAAACUCGUAUGAAAUACAAUACAAAAGAUUUCAAAAACUUGAAAAAUCUUUUAAGAAAAGGAACAUUAACAAAAAGUGAUUUAGAUAAAAAACAUCAAGGUUCUUACAUGGAUAAUAAAUUUAGUUCAUUGAUUACACCUAUAUCAGACUUUGCAAAGAAAUAUCAUUUUAAUACAAAAGGGUUAAACGUAAUAAAGCAAAAAACUAAACAUGCAGACAUAGAAAUCACAAAAAAAGGAUAUUUACGACUCUCUUUUCAUAAUAUGAGCUGGGAAUGCUUGAUAAAUUCAGAUGGUAUUAAGAUAAAAAUAAUCCAAAGCGAUAGGUUACCACAAAUGUAUCAUCUUGAUGAUUUACCUGCAAAAUAUCUCAGGGCAUAUCGCUAUGCUUCCAAAUUUAUUUCUAUUUUAAAAUCGAAAAUACCAAAAAUUAUUCUUGAUACACCAUAUGCAAAAUGCCGUCUAUAUCUUAAUUCAGUAUUUGAAAUUCGUUAUAUUAAUAGUCAAACAAUGAUUAUUCAACUCGAUUCUAAAAAACAAAUAGUUAAAAUGUUUACUCAAAAUAGCACAGAAAACAAAGAUAAAUUACUUUACGAAGGGGAUAUUGAAUCAGCAUAUAAAGAUUUCCCAGAAAUAAUCAUUGAUACAAUAAAUCGAUAUAAAAGAUGUAUAAAUUUAGGAAAAGAAUCAGAGGAUGAUAUUGCAGAUAAUUAUGCUAAAUUUAUAAAUGGAAAAGGCUGGUGGUGGAUUAAUAAAAAAAUCGGAAUAAUGAUGUUUUUAGAUGGUUCACAAUUACAAGUAUAUUUUAAAUCCGAUGAUAACUAUUUAACCACACGAUCAAUUUCUCGUAUUAAAUUUAUUAAUAAUAAUAUACAUGAAGUUUAUGAGCUUAACGACAAUAAAGUAAUUCCUGAGACAGUAAAAAAAAAACUAUUUAUUCUAAAGGAUUAUGGAUUGUUAUAA